ACGUCAGCGCGCAGCGGCGGUGGAGUGACGCGCGGCGAUUGGGUGAACGCGGAGCUAAACUGUAUUGUACAGUAAAAAGAGAAGACACCGACAACAACAACAACAGCUGCGGCCGUAUGAGGCUAACUAAAGACACGCUUGCACUUUUCGGGCUCACGUUAUAAAGAUUUCGGAUGUCACGAUGGCUGCAAACUUCACUAUUUCCGACAGCGACUCAGAGCCCUCCGAGGAGGUAGACGAAGGAGAUAACAACCAAUCAUCAUCUGGGCAAGCGCAGCAGGUUACUCAAGGCAACACCCUCACCCUACCUGAACUAAGAUCGGGAGUGACAGGUCGAAUCAGGCUGAACUCAGAGUCCCACGCUUCCACUGUCUCCAGAGACGAGGAGCUCCAGGCCAGAGGAGAAGAUGAGGCUGGUACACCAACUGAGGGAGCUCCAUUCCGGGGACGGUCCAAGUCAGCUCCCCCUGCCCUCUGGGCAGCCAAGAAAUACGGCCGGCAGCUCCGGAGGAUGAGUGACGAGUUCGACAGCCUGUUAGACAAAGGGGAGAUGAGGAAGGUGAAGAGCGCCGGUUCGGCCAGACAGAUGCACCACUCUAAAACCUGGUGGAGCUACCUAUUCAGUCACCAAGAGACGGAGGGAGAGAACAGCCACCACGAUAACCACACUCACCGCACUGAGUAGGCACUGAAAAGAGGAGGAAAGAGCGACACAAGGUUGGAAGGAUUGAGAGAUCGUUGGAAAUGAGAUGACAAGAAUGGGGGAAAGCCAAGAGAACAACCGAUGAGAACAAAUCGACCUGCUCUGAGUAGGGACGGAAGGAAGGAAGGUUGGUGUGAUCAAAAAAAAAAAAGAGAGAGAGAGAAAGAUCACAAAGAAGAUGGCAAAGUGGGACAAACAGUAAUUAACACUGAGCUUGAUGUGUCCCGCUCAUUUUUUAUAUGUCAUUGGUAAGCUACAUUCUAAUAAAUUUUUGUAUUUGUGAUGGUUGUGAUGUUAACAAUAUUGUUGGGCAGCCCACUGUGAAAUGGUAAGACAGACAGGCAUGAGGACAGACUGUUAGUAUCUGAACCCCAUAAAACGGAUUAACAAAAAAAAAAAAAUAGAUGAGCAAGGAGAUGAGAG